AUUUGCGCUCCGGAUGAGCAUGCAAUUAUGAACAGGGACACCGAAACCAGCACCAGCAGGCCGCCGGGCGGGCGAGACGGUGCGCGUAAAAAUAUGCCGACCACUUCUAUCAUGGAGCCUGAUCUGCAAAAUCCCUGCGAGAGCCACCUUUUCUACGGCAUCAAAGAAUCGGAGGAAGAAAACGAACAGGAUGUUGAAGACGACCCAUUACUGCAUGGUGGCGAGGGACUCGGGGGAGAAAUUCUUCGUGGAGCGGCUGUGCAACGGAAAAAUCUUGACCGCCCAGAGCCGCAUCUUAACGCAACAAGAGAUCUUCAAUUGCGCGACGACGAAGAGAACGACGACAGAAACCUCUGCGACCUUGCAGAAGACGAAAACGAAACGGACGCGGAGGACGAAGACGUCAACGAGGAGUUCGAAGCUGGCGAGGAAGCGGCCAAUUUUGCUGGCGAGGAUGGUUGUAAUGAGAAUGGCAGCGAGGUUGAGGAGGCGACGGAGCACGAAGACGAGGAAGAGGAUGACGAGUUCGAAAUCCCCCCCGAGCACCUCAAUAUUUGCCGCGCAAACCGCCCGCACGGCAGAUUGCUCAUUGACAUGUUCCACACGCUGCUGGAUCAACCGACGCCGCGCCUUUUAUCACUCGUCUCUAUCAUUUACAUCGCGCACUACCUGCUCUUUGCAUUCGUCUACGUGCUGCUGGAUUUUCUCCCACGAACAGAGUUGCUCCUUUUACUCAGCGACGCUUGGUUCCAUGUCUCGGACACUUCUUCGCCGCACGACACUCCUAAGGUGAACUCAGCGGCCGGGGUAACUACAACAAGCGUGAUAAGCAAUAGCGCCACUGCUUCCAGCACGACAGGACUGACCACUGGUGGAAUAGCUGCGGCUGCUCUUGCCCCCGCGGCCAGAGAUGAAUCUACUACCAGUGCCGCGUCAGGCUACUGUAAUCUGGGUUUCCAGCCGGGCUGGAAGGCCUGGGUGGAUGCCAUGUACCUUUCCAUCGAGACGUCCGCGACCAUGGGGUUCGGCGCGAAGGACCCCUACUUCGGUCACUGCAUGGGGAUGUGGGUUGUCUUGUCCCUGCAAAUGCUGAUCUCCAUUCUGCUAGACUCCCU